AGAGCUCCGCGCGGCUCGACCCGGCACGGCACUGACCGGACGCCAUCGCUGUUGGACAUAAGAGCAAGAAUCUCCCACGUCCCGGUGUAAAGAUCCAGGAGGCAGGAGAGGGGGGCCCCCACCGUGUUGCGUGUCGGGAUCACGAUGAUGCAAAGUGCGGCGAUCCUCCCCACAGAGAGUCCCGUUAAGAGUUUACCGGACAUCCUGGGAGUGCCACUGCAACAGAUCCCCCAGUGUGCCGGCUGCAGUCAGCACAUUGUGGACAAGUUCAUCCUGAAGGUUCUGGACAGACAUUGGCACUCCAAGUGCCUGAAGUGCGCCGACUGCCACACGCCGCUGGCCGAAAAGUGCUUCUCUCGGGCUGGCAGCGUCUACUGCAAGGAGGACUUCUUUAAGCGUUUUGGAACAAAAUGUGCAUCGUGCCAACAGGGUAUCCCUCCCACACAGGUGGUGCGGAAGGCCCAGGACUUUGUGUAUCACCUGCACUGCUUCGCCUGUAUCAUGUGCAGCAGGCAGCUGGCCACCGGGGAUGAGUUUUACCUCAUGGAGGACGGCAGGCUGGUGUGCAAGGUGGACUACGAGACGGCCAAACAGAACGGUGAGAGUGCAGAUGAUUCGGAGGCAGGGACCAAGCGACCGAGGACCACCAUAACAGCCAAGCAGCUGGAGACCCUCAAAAGUGCCUACAAGAACUCCCCCAAACCUGCGCGACACGUCAGAGAGCAGCUUUCAUCCGAGACAGGACUGGACAUGAGAGUAGUGCAGGUGUGGUUCCAGAACCGCAGAGCAAAAGAAAAGCGUCUAAAAAAAGACGCCGGCCGCCAUCGCUGGACUCAGUUCUAUAAAAGUGUUAAACGCAGCCGAGGGGGGUCAAAGGUGGAGAAGGAGAGCUCGGCAGACGACGCAGGACUGAGUGACAGCGAGCUGAGCUUCAGAGAUGACCAGGUGCUGUCAGACCUGGGCCACGCCAACGGCCUCUACGGGAGCGUGGGCGACAUAACAAACGGCGCGGUCCUGAACGGCGGCUUCUCGGUGGACGCGGCGGGGCAACCGUACCACGACAUCCGCGCCGGGAGCCCCUACGGCCUCCCGCAGUCGCCCUCCUCCAUCGCCUCCCUGCCGGGUCACACCCCUCUACUCAACAACCUGGCGUUCAGCAUGGACAGUCUGGGAGCGCAGGGCGGAGCAGGCGGCGUGGGACAGGCCCUGAGGGCCAUGGCGGGGGGCCCCGCCUCAGACCUCUCAACGGGCAGCAGUACGGGAUACCCCGACUUCCCCACCAGCCCCGCGUCCUGGCUUGACGAGAUGGACCAUUCCCAGUUCUGAACCACUGAGAGGACAACACACACACACACACACACACACACACACACACACACACACACGUCUUUUUACAUGUUUCUAUGUGUGAUGAAGAGGAAACAGCUGCUUAAGGAACGCCGACUAGUGCACCGUACCAACUUCACCCUACUUCUCAACAACGUCAGGGCUAAAGUGUUGAUCCGGAGGCGCCUUGCAUGCUUCUGAGCGAUCAUGACGAGCCUUUUUUUUUUUUUUACGUUGACCAACGCACUUUACUCUCCUCCCCACUUGCUGCACACCAGGACACAAAGGCAGAAUUAGACAAGCGGAAGGAAAAAGGGAGACGUAUGCACAAGGCUGAGACAGUGUUGCAUUGGGAGAGAAUUUUACAAGAACUCUGGCACAAGCGUUUAGUUAAAGAAAAAAAAAAAAAAAAACAGAAAAAAAACGGACGUUUUUUCUAUGGGGAAAGUCCAUGUUUGGCUCGUCCGUGAGUGCUGAUGUUUUCAUUCUGUGUUUAUGGGUGCUCGACUUCAUGUGUAACGCGUCAGUAUUUCAUUAUCGCUGUCCACAGGCCAAAUUAUUUAUUUGAAGUAUUUAUUCUCAUAAAACGCACAGACAAAAAAAUGUAUUUUUUUUAAUUUUAUUUAUUUAUUUAUUUAUUUUUACAAAUGAAAAUCAUUCACCCAGGGAUUGCUAUGGGACGUGUUAAGCGGCCUUCUACAAUAGGGAUGGCCAUUUUGACUACCGUAUUUUUUGGACUAUAAGUCGCAGUUGUUUUCAUAGUUUGGCCGGGGGUGCGACUUAUACUCAGGAGCGACUUAUGUGUGAAAUGAUUAACACAUUACCGUAAAAUAUCAAAUAAUAUUAUUUAGCUCAUUCACGUAAGAGACUAGACGUAUAAGAUUUCAUGGGAUUUAGCGAUUAGGUUGUUUGGUAAACGUAUAGCAUGUUCUAUAUGUUAUAGUUAUUAGAAUGACUCUUACCAUAAUAUGUUACGUUAAAGGCCUACUGAAACCCACUACUACCGACCACGCAGUCUGAUAGUUUAUAUAUCAAUGAUGAAAUCUUAACAUUGCAACACAUGCCAAUACGGCCGGGUUAACUUAUAAAGUGCAAUUUUAAAUUUCCCGCCACACUUCCGGUUGAAAACGUCUAGAUAUGAUGACGUAUGCGCGUGACGUCAACGGUUGAUACGGAAGUAUUCGGAGCCCAUUGAAUCCAAUACAAAAAAGCUCUGUUUUCAUCCCAAAAUUCCACAGUAUUCUGGACAUCUGUGUUGGUGAAUCUUUUGCAAUUUGUUUAAUGAACAAUGGAGACUGCCAAGAAGAAAGUUGUAGGUGGGAUCGGUGUAUUAGCGGCGGACUACAGCAACACAACCAGGAG